AUGGCUUCGAACACGACCUUCGGCCAGCUCGAGAUGUGUGGUGCAGCAGCCUUAAAUCUGUUUGUUGACACCGAUGUCACGGCCUUCUCGCUGCCGGAGACCUUUCGAAUGGAGCUUUCAACGCAAAUUCUCAAGGACAGAAUUGCCGAUGCCAUCGCCAAGGGCGCCGCCUUAGUUUUCGGCAUGAUGGCCAGCCCGGGUCUACAGUGCAUUCCGGGAGCAAGCACGGUGAAGUCGACCUUUCAGGAUGUGAUAACGAAGGCCACCUCGGCGAUUACCAGCUUGAUCCCAGACAUCCAGUUCAACUUCGAGCUCAAGUCAGUUCCGUUGGCGGUUGAGACGAUGUACUGCACUGAGGCCUACAAGACACCCGGUUUCGACACCGCCCCCUGUGCAGCCGAGCUUGGAUGUAAGAACUCGGGCAGGACUCCAGAGGAAGGCAACGAAGUUCUUCCUCCAGAGCAAGUAGUGAAGCACGUCGAGCCCACCGGCGCGGCCGAGACGUGCUACGACCUUCCAAUGGGAGAUCGAUUCAUAGAUGUUGGCGACUGGCGUUUGGCAGCCAUCGACAACGAUCAGUUCAGCAUCUCGCACAAGGGCAAAGCGGACUGCUCGUGGAAGGCCAGGAAGUGGCUUCCACUCGACAUGCCUGGACAGGGCCGCACUGUCACCGGAACUUGGCAAGAGUGCCAGCGGAGAUGCUCGAAGGUCUCCGGCUGCAGCCAUUUCAGUUGGUGGAGUGAUGGUGGCUGCCACAUUCAGGACAGCACUUCAACGGAAGCGAUCACGGGAAACCAUGUCACAUCCGGACCACCAUCCUGCUGGGCCCCCGACGACGGCUUGGAGUGCGACUACUUCUACCAUCAGUCCCACUGCGACGUCCCUGAUCUGGGGGCCUUGACACCGGCCCACACCGUCCUGGUGCCGGACAUCUUCAUGGAACACGGCAAGUUCCCCGACCAGCGCCAUGGUGAUAACUUCUGCAUGAGGUGCAGAGGCCGCCUUCUCACCAAAAACGGGGGCGACUACAAGUUCUUCCUCAACUCAGAUGACGGCUCCCUGCUGUACUUGGACGGGGAGAAGAUCGUCGACAACAACGGCUGCCAUCCGGCUCGGGAGAGGAGCGGCGUAAAGUUCAUGAAGCCAGGUUCCCACGACUUGGUGGUGGACUUUUGCGAAGUGGACGGCGGCGAGAGCGUGAAGUUCGAGUACGAGGGCCCGGAUAGCCACAACUCCAGGGUCAAGGUCCCCAAGACAGUGCUGAAGCACGAGGUUCUUGAGGACGGCGUGGAGUGCGACUACUUCUACCAGCAGUCCCACUGCGACGUCCCUGAUCUGGGGCCCUUGAACCCGAGCCAGACCAUCACGGUGCCCGAAAUCUUUAUGGAGCAGGGCCGGUGGCCCCAGAUACGCCACAGCGAUCAUUUCUGCACCAGGUGCCGGGGCAAGCUUGUGACCAAGAGAGCGGGCGACUACACGUUCUUCCUCAGCUCAGAUGACGGUUCCCUGCUGUACUUGAACGGGGAAAGGAUCGUCGACAACAACGGCUGCCAUGCGAUACGGGAGAUCAGCGGCAACAAGUACCUGGAACCAGGUUCCCACGACUUGGUGGUGGACUUUUGCGAAGUGGCUGGCUUCGAGACCCUACGGUUUGAAUACCAGGGUCCAGACAGCACCAACUCGAAAGUCGUCGUUCCCAAGACGGCUCUCAAGCACAAGGUCCAGGUCCCCCACCGCGGAGGUGCCAGCGAUUGCUACGCAGAGCGAACGCUGGUUGCAGACGAGGGCUCGGGAGUGGGCCAGCUCCCCGACAAGCACGGCAGCAUUUCGGAAUGCCAGGCGGAAUGCUCCAAAAUUGGCGAGUGCAAGAGCUUUGCCUACUGCGCCAGCAGCGGCAUUUGCCAUUACAGGACGAAGGUCCUCGGCGCCCAUGAUCCUUCCACCACGGAUCCGGCAAAGCUGCAAGACUGCAAGUCUUGGUACAAGACAGAGUGCAAGGAUUGCUACGCAGAGCGGACGCUGGUUGCAGACGAGGGCUCGGGAGUGGGCCAGCUCCCCGACAAGCACGGCACCAUUUCUGAAUGCCAGGCGGAAUGCUCCAAAAUUGGCGAGUGCAAGAGCUUUGCCUACUGCGCCAGCAGCGGCAUCUGCCAUUACAGGACGAAGGUUCUCGGCGCCCAUGAUCCUUCCACCACGGAUCCGGCAAAGCUGCAAGACUGCAAGUCUUGGUACAAGACAGAGUGCAAGGACGAGGCGAAAGCCAUGGUUGACACCUUCUUCGUGGUGGUGAAUGGCGGCCACGUGGAAGACAGGUUCAAGACCAUUGAGGAAGCCAAGACGGAGUUGAACAAGAUCGGUUCGGGCCUGCGAAUGAUCUGUGAAGUGCAUCAUGGCACCGCAAAGGCAGAUCCGCACGUGGUGGGCGGACAGGACCAGGGGGCCGGACACAGCGCAGGAUUCAACAAGCAUUGGCAAUCGUGGGACGACAUCCACGCCAUGAAUCGGAUCUGCCAAGACUACGUCAACAAUCAGGUCAUGGCUCCCCCACAAACGGCGAUGAUCUUCCGUAAAGAUGGCCAGCUUUUACCUGGCCCGCACCGAGACCACGGGUGUUGCUGGGGCAGGCCUGCAGGAGAGGCCCAAGGGAUCAAAUUCGGCUUCCAGUUCAUCCAGAUCGGCCAAUUCCGGCUUGGUGCCGUUGAUGACAACCACUUCUCAAUCUCGCACAUUGGGGGACACACUCCCCAGCUCUUCCGACAUGACGGCACGCUCCACCCGAACCAGCAAAACGCAUGGGGAACUUUCGAUCGCCCGGAGGGGGCGCCUAUGGGCAUCAGCGUUGGUGAGAAGUUCAUCCAAAUGGGCAAUUUCCGGCUGGGAGAUGCCGAUGGCCCUUUCCUGGUGACGCACCGCGUCACUGGCAAAACGAUCCAGGUCUACCAGGAGGAUGGAACGGUGCAACCGGACGCGAACUCCCACUGGGCACCGAAAGUGAUGGACCGCAAGCCCUCGGCGUGGACAUGCCAGGAUGUCGCUGAGAUGGCGUACGGGCCCUGCAAUAGCGACUUCGGCUCCUGGGGAGAUCGCUUCAUCCAGCUGGGGGAUUGGCGCCUGGCGGCCACCAAUGAUCGGCACCUCAGCAUCUCGCACAAGGAUGGCCAAGUUGCCCAGAUCUACCGAGACGAUGGGACGCUCCACCCUGGCCCUCGUACAGAUCAGUAUGGAUGGGCAUCACCUUCGGGCCGAACUUCAUCCAAAUCGGCCUCUUCCGCCUGGCGGCAAUGGACGCGAACCACCUCAGCAUCUCCCACCAGAGGGGGCAAACAGCACAAGUCUUCAAGAAUGAUGGAACCCUGGACCAGGGACCACGAACGGAUUGGAAUGCCUGGGCCGAUGAACGGUUCACUGCCGGGCCACCUUCGGGAAUCACUUUCGGUGACAAGUUCAUUCAGAUUGGCAACUUCCGGAUCGGAGAUGCAGAUGGUAGGCACUUGCUCUUGA